AUGUCUAAUCCAAUUCCGCCUAAGCCACCGGAUCCGAAUUAUUCUGACACUAACAUUAUUUCCUCACCCGCUGCGUAUGUUGAAAUUGAAAAUGAUUUAGAAGGUUCAUUUAAAAGACCACGGCAGUCAUUAUCGCAAGAAAUUUUUGAUGACAACUUCAAAAUUAUUUCAAACAAAAAGAAAAGAAAACAUAAAACAAAGGAAAGGAAGAAAGAAGAGCAUGCUAAUCGGGUUGACAUAAAUAGAAGAAUUUCAGCUUUUUCCACCAAUUCCUCAUUCUCAGAAUCGGACUGCGAUACUGGUAAUACUUCAUCAUCUAAAAUUAAAAUUGUAGGCUCUAACUCUAUCAAAAGCAAUAUGUCAGGACAACGUGCUUAUGAUUCUCCCAAGUCUUUAUCAUCUAAUAUUGCUUGUGCACAAUCAUCUGAAAUCCCUCUUUCACAAUCAUCUGGCAUUGCUCUAUCACAAACAUUAAAUUCUGCCAAUUGUUAUAUCUCCUCUAAAUCUCUUAACACGCAUAUUGAUAGCGAUAAUAAAAAAAUAGAGUCACAAUCUCUUCGUUCUUAUAAUUCUACAGAUUCAGGUCCUUUUAUCGUUCAUGUUCAAGUAAAAGAAGAUUCUCCUAAUUCUGGUAAAACUUUAAAUGCCAUUUCAUUUGUCACUUUUUGA